UGACCUCUUCGCUGUUCUGUUCCCUCCCCAGUCAGUGCAGACUGCAGUUGCAAUUGCGCUCCCUAGUCCCUCCCAUUCGUCAGUCGCGCAGCGUGAGGAAGUCUUUGGAGAGACGAACCCUCUUAAACGAAGCUAUUCAAUGGCUUUAAUGAAAUCAAAGCUACGUUUACCCAACAACUAUAUUUCUCAGGGUGUACUCAAAAUCAAAGCCUAUUCAUUUUCUUCUUCAACCUCCGAAGCACGCCUUCAAGAGGAAGAGGAUGAUGCAGAAAAUCAUUCCAAAACUGCCCCUAUCACUAAAUGCUUAACCCCCGAAGAAACCCUUAUUGCCGACAAACUCCACGCCCUAAUCAAAGACCACCACCGCAAAAACCCCAACCCUCACCCUAACCCCACUCCGCCUAACCCUAAUUUCACCAUUCCCACAUUAUCCCACGACUUCUCCCACAUCUCCACCGUCCAUUCAGUCACCCCCUCCAUCGUCCGCCGCGUCAUUGAGAAAUGCGGUGGGGUCCGCCACGGCAUCCCCUUCCUCCAAGCCCUGGCGUUCUUCAACUGGGCCACUGCUCGCGAGGAAUUGGCCGUCCACUUCCCCGCCGAGCACUACAACGAGAUGGUCGACCUUGCCGGGAAGGUUCGCCAGUUUGACUUGGCCUGGCACGUGAUUGAUUCCAUGAAAGCUAGGAACGUGGAAAUCACCAUCGAGACAUUCUCUAUCCUUGUUCGCCGGUACGUUCGGGCCGGUCUGGCAGCGGAGGCGGUGCACGCGUUUAAUCGAAUGGAGGAGUAUGGUUGUAAGCCCGAUAAGAUUGCGUUUUCGAUCGUGAUUGGUAUUUUGUGUAAGAAAAGAAGGGCAGAGGAGGCUCAGACAUUCUUUGAUAGCUUGAAGGAUAGGUUUGAACCCGAUGUUGUUGUGUAUACGAGCUUGGUUCACGGGUGGUGUCGGGCGGGUAAUAUUUCGGAGGCCGAGAGGGUGUUUGGGGAAAUGAAGAUGGCAGAGAUUAAGCCCAAUGUGUACACUUACAGUAUUGUGAUCGACGCGUUGUGUAGGUGCGGGCAAGUUACGCGUGCCUACGAUGUGUUUGCCGAAAUGAUUGAUACGGGAUGUAGCCCGAAUUCCAUAACUUUCAAUAACCUAAUGCGGGUUCAUGUGAAGGCCGGGCGGACUGAAAAGGUCUUGCAAGUGUAUAAUCAGAUGAAGAGGCUCGGAUGCCCCGCUGACAUGAUUACGUAUAAUUUUCUUAUAGAGACACAUUGCCGGGAUGAUAAUCUUGAGGAAGCAAUUAAGGUGCUGAAUUUGAUGAUUAAGAAAGGGUGUAGCCCGAACGCCUCAACUUUUAAUUUGAUAUUUAGGUCCAUUGUGAAGUUACGGGAUGUGAAUGGUGCUCAUCGAAUGUAUGCUAAGAUGAAGGAAGCGAACUGUAGGCCAAACACGGUGACCUACAAUAUAUUGAUGCGGAUGUUUGCGGACUCGAAAUCAACCGAUAUGGUUCUCAAGCUUAAGAAGGAAAUGGAUGAGAAUGAUAUCGAGCCUAAUGUGAAUACUUACCGGGUUUUAAUCUCGAUGUAUUGUGGGAUGGGGCAUUGGAACAAUGCCUACAAGUUUUUCAGGGAGAUGAUUGAAGAGAAGUGUUUAAAACCCAGCACACAUGAUUAUGAGUUGGUUCUUCAGCAACUAAGGAAUGCAGGGCAGUUAAAGAAGCACGAGGAGUUAGUGGAGAAGAUGGUGGAUAGGGGAUUUGCUUCGCGCCCUUUGUAGAAGUAGGCAGGCACCUAUAAAAAAAAAAAGUAGGCAGGCAAGCAGCUUUCUUUUGCACCUAUGAGCCGAAUUAGGUGGUCCUUGAUCUCUCAUUCUCUCGCGAUUAUUUUUGACUCGGAUUAUGUUGUAAUUGUUUUUGUAAUGCUGGUAUUCAUGUGCUUGAAACUUGUAUGUCGGACCAUUGUGACAGAAAAACUUCAUUUGCAAACCUUUUUAUUGAUACACUAAAUAUUCUGCGGAUUCCUAAGUUUCUAACACCA